CUGUGCUGGACAGGGCAGUCCCUUGGACACCAUUGUGCACAGUGCGAUGGGGGUCCCUAGGAGCCCAUGGGGAAGUAGGGGGCUUGGGGCUAGAGGGAGCACUCCAUCUCUCAGCUGAGCAUCUUCCCCCUCCCCAGGCCGCAAUGAGCCCCUGAAGAAGGAGCGUCCCAAGUGGAAGAGCGACUACCCCAUGACAGAUGGGCAGCUGCGCAGCAAGCGAGAUGAGUUCUGGGACACGGCACCUGCCUUCGAGGGCCGCAAGGAGAUCUGGGAUGCCCUGAAGGCAGCUGCCUACGCUGUGGAGGCAAAUGACUACAGCCUGGCCCAGGCCAUCCUGGACGGAGCCAGCAUCACUCUGCCCCAUGGUUCCCUGACGGAGUGCUAUGAUGAGCUGGGCAACCGAUACCAGCUGCCUGUCUACUGCCUGGCACCUCCCGUCAACCUGAUCCUGGAGCGGAGCGAGGAGGAGGUGGUGGAACCGGCGGAGCCCCUGCCCAACGCCCGGCGUGAGUUCGCCCUCAAGGUGCGACUCUCCACCGGCAAGGACCUGCGGCUCAGCGCCAGCAUGGGUGACACCAUUGGGCAGCUGAAGAAGCAGCUGCAGGCACAGGAGGGCAUCGACCUGGCCUGGCAGCGGUGGUUCUUCUCAGGCAAGCUGCUCACUGACCGCACACGGCUGCAGGAGACCAAGAUCCAGAAAGAUUUUGUUGUGCAAGUGAUUGUCAACCAGCCCCUGCCACCCAGGAACUGAGACCUCCAACAGCUGCUGGGAGAGGGCA